AUUUUUGGAUUGAAAUGAUUAAGAAAAAUACUACUAAUAAUCAAGAAGUCGUUUUCGAAUGUGAGAAUAAUAAUGGGGUUUUGUAUCAGUUUUUGCCUUUGCUUUUGAUAUCAAAACAGAGUUUUUUUCGUGAUUCGUGAUUGUUUUUUGCAAUUUUAUCUUUUACUUUCGAUAUAGUUUAGUUUUCAUGUCGCGACACGCUUUAGAUUGGUCCAUCAUCACUCAAAACCCUAAAAAUAGAAACCAAACUCUUUUCCUUUUUCUUAACACGUGACUGUCAAGAUUCCAUUUUCUUGUUAAAUUGUAUUCAUUUCUUUUCCUUUUUCAGUGAUUCGAAUUGUUUUCUUAUUUUAUAUAUUUUCGGUUCUAAUUGGUGUUAAACACGGGGAAUCAGAACAUAUUAUUUGAUUCUUUUAGUCUCAAUAUAAUCUGAUUUUCAAAAAUGUCAUAAAUUUCGGCUCCUGCAAAAAAUGUAAUUAUUCUUCCAACUUUUGUUAGUUGAGGGAUGGGUUUAGGAUCUUUUGCUGCACACAAAAGUAUUAAGUUAUUCUUUAACCAAAAAAAAAAAAACUAUUUAAAGUAGAAUAAAGAACCAUUUGUCUCUAUUAUGAUCGUCUUUAGAAUAUAUUAUUACUUGGAAAAAAUGUGUUUAUACAGUUUUCAGGUGUUUAGAUUUGCACAAUUAAUUUUUAAAAUAGUUUUUUUAAUUGGGGUCCUAUAUAUCCUCUGAUCCCCAAGCUCUCUUUCUUCUCUAAUUAUAACAUCUUUUUUUAAUAAAGAAAAGUGUAACAUGUAGUUUUAUUAUCUCUUUCAACACUUUUGUCUUUAUCAAGAUCACUCCACUAAUCUAAAACCUCCCCAGCUUAUAUUUCUAUUCGCUCUACGAAUAGGUGAAACUAAUAUCCGACCAUUGUGUAAUGUUUUUUUUUAAGAAUUAUGUUAGCUGUUUUUUUUUUUAGUGGGUUUAGUUCUUGAAAUAUUUAGCAUUGGUUUCUUUAUGAGUUAAACUACCAACCAAUCCAACUUUAUCAAUCAAGUUACAUUUUUUAUAUAUAUAACAUGAGUAGUUGUUUCCUGACUAGAGAUAUGUCAACAACUUUGUCCUUUUGUGUUUGUGUUUUGCGUUAUAAGAAAACGACAAUUGAAAUCCAAAUACCCUUCCUUUUCUAUGUUUCUUCUAACUUCUAACUAAUGUUUACAUGUGUACUAUGAUUACAUAAGCUUUAUGUCGGAUUGUCUGAAAAGGCAGAGAACAACAACACAAAAAAAAGAGACCAAAGAUGUUUUCUUGCAUAACUUGUACCAAAGCAGACGGAGGUGAAGAAGUCGAAAAUGGAGCGCGUGGAGGCACCACUCCCAAUACUAAAGAAGCCGUCAAAAGCCUAACCAUUCAGAUUAAAGAUAUGGCUUUGAAAUUCUCUGGUGCUUAUAAACAAUGCAAGCCAUGCACUGGUUCUUCUAGUAGUCCCUUGAAGAAAGGACAUAGACCGUUCCCGGAUUAUGACAAUGCUUCUGAAGGUGUUCCAUACCCUUACAUGGGUGGAAGUGCGGGUUCAACUCCUGCUUGGGACUUCACAAACUCCUCUCACCAUCCAGCUGGACGGUUAGAAUCAAAGUUCACCUCAAUAUAUGGAAAUGAUCGAGAAUCUAUCUCUGCACAGUCUUGUGAUGUGGUACUGGAUGAUGAAGUGCCAAAAGAGUGGAUGGCUCAAGUAGAACCCGGUGUUCAUAUCACAUUCGCUUCGCUUCCCACUGGAGGAAAUGAUCUCAAACGGAUCCGUUUCAGCCGGGAGAUGUUUGAUAAGUGGCAAGCUCAACGAUGGUGGGGUGAGAACUAUGACAAGAUCGUUGAGCUUUACAAUGUACAGAGAUUUAACCGCCAAGCCCUUCAAACACCUGCACGAUCCGAAGAUCAGUCACAGAGAGAUUCAACGUACUCAAAGAUGGAUUCAGCGAGAGAAAGCAAAGACUGGACUCCAAGACACAACAACUUCAGAACUCCAGGAAGUGUCCCGCAUCACUUUUAUGGCGGCUCUAGCAACUAUGGACCAGGAAGUUAUCAUGGAGGACCACCAAUGGAUGCGGCAAGAACCACCACUUCUUCCAGAGAUGAUCCACCCUCCAUGAGCAAUGCUAGUGAAAUGCAAGCUGAGUGGAUCGAAGAGGACGAGCCCGGGGUUUACAUUACCAUCAGACAAUUAGCUGAUGGGACUAGAGAGCUACGGCGAGUCAGAUUCAGCCGGGAAAAAUUUGGGGAAGUGCAUGCAAAGACAUGGUGGGAGCAGAACAGAGAGAGAAUACAAACACAGUACCUCUAAAAGAAAAUGAAACAUUAUGAGUUUGAUCUCUACCAAAUCUUUAAUUAAUUAAUUAAUCUCAUUCACAUAACAACACAACUAUACACACUUUGCUUAUGUUUUGUUCAUCUUAGCUUAACAUCUAUACAUAAAUCAAGUGUUUUGAAA